AUGAAGGCUCUCUUGCCCCGGCCUGUCUUCCUCCUCGCCUCCUUUCUGGUUGCCGUCCAAGCCAAGAUCUACGAGCGCUGCGAAUUGGUCAAGAAGUUGAAUGACCACGGGCUGGAUGGCUAUCAGGGUUACAGCUUGGCGAAUUGGGUCUGCCUGGCCUUUUUCGAGAGCAGCUUUGACACCAGAGCUGUGGGUCACAAAAAAGAUGGCACCAGUGACUACGGCAUCUUUCAGAUCAACAGCGGCUGGUGGUGCGCCGAUGAAGACAGUGCCUCUGACAACUUGUGUGACAUCGAUUGCAAAGAGCUGCUGAAUCCUGACAUUGAAAAGGACAUCCGCUGUGCCAAGAGGAUUGUGGAAGAUCCCCAAGGAAUGGACGCCUGGUAA